GCGGCCGCGAAGCUCCGCGGUCGCGGUUUCCAGUCGGGCCUAUAUUCCAGCUGGGCUCCUUUCCCGGCCAGGCCCCAGCAUGGCUGCGCCCAGGGCUGCGGGGUGGGCAGACGCCGCGCUCUCGUUUUCCUGACAGCCUCUGGCUUCCGUGCUCGACUUCUCAGGCCACUCCAGCAAACAUGUUUGCCAAGGCCUUUCGGGUCAGGUCCAACACGGCCAUCAAGGGAUCGGACAGGAGAAAGCUUCGAGCUGACGUGACAGCUGCGUUCCCCGCCCUGGGGACCGACCAGGCCUCCGAGCUGGUGCCUGGGAAGGAAGAGCUCAGCAUCGUGAAGCUGUAUGCUCACAGAGGGGAUGCCGUGACUGUGUACGUGAGUGGUGGUAACCCCGUCCUAUUUGAACUGGAGAAAAAUCUGUACCCGACAGUGUACACCCUGUGGUCAUAUCCUGAUCUUCUACCAGCAUUCACAACAUGGCCUCUGGUGCUCGAAAAACUAGUGGGGGGAGCAGAUUUGAUGCUGCCGGGAAUAGUGGUGCCCCCUGCUGGUCUGCCUCAGGUACAGAAGGGUGACCUCUGUGCCAUUGUCUUGGUGGGAAACAGGGCCCCUGUGGCCAUCGGAGUGGCUGCCAUGUCCACAUCUGAGAUGCUGACUUCAGGCCUGAAGGGAAGGGGCUUCUCUGUGCUCCACACCUACGAGGACCACUUGUGGCGAUCUGGAGACAAGUCCUCUCCACCUUUCAUUGCCCCACUGACCCUGGAUCCCCCAGAUGUCAGUGAAGAGAAGGGGUCUGUCCAGGCAGGCCCCGCCCUGCAGGAUGACAUGAGGCGCCUUACCCUGGAGGGGAAGGAGGAGGAGAAUGGGGAAGAUCAACAGAUGUGUGGGGAGAAGACCCUACCAGAAGCCUCAGAAGACCCUGGCGUCGGGGGCCUGAACCCAGACCCCGCAGACAGCAAGACCCUUCAAGAGCAAAUGGAUGAACUGCUACAGCAAUGCUUCUUGCAUGCUUUGAAGUGCCGAAUCAAAAAGACCGACUUCCCUCUACUCACUAGCACUUUCCUCGGUAGCCACGUGUUCUCCUGCUGCCCUGAAGGACGGCAACUGGACAUAAAGAAGUCGAGCUACAAAAAACUCUCUAAGUUCCUGCAGCAAAUGCAGCAGGAGCAGAUUAUACAGGUCAAGGAGCUGAGCAAAGGGGUGGAGAGCAUUGUGGCUGUGGACUGGAAACACCCCAGGAUCACAUCUUUCGUCAUACCUGAGCCCUCCCCGACCUCCCAGACUAUCCAGGAGGGUAGCAGGGAACAGCCCUAUCACCCUCCAGAUAUAAAACCCCUCUACUGUGUCCCAGCCAGCAUGAGCCUGCUCUUCCAGGAGUCUGGCCACAAGAAGGGGAGCAUUCUCGAGGGCAGUGAGGUCCGGAUGAUCAUCAUUAACUACGCCAAGAAAAACGACCUGGUUGAUGCCAACAACAAGAAUCUUGUGCACUUGGAUCCCAUCCUGUGUGACUGCAUCUUAGAGAAAAGUGAACAGCACACAGUCAUGAAGCUUCCAUGGGACAGUCUCCUGACCAGGUGUUUGGAAAAGCUGCAGCCUGCCUAUCAAGUGACCUUUCCCGGACAAGAGCCCAUUGUGAAGAAAGGCAAAAUCUGCCCCAUUGACAUCACCCUAGCACAGAGAUCAUACAAUAAAAAGGUGACUGUGGUCCGGAAUUUGGAGGCCUACGGUCUGGACCCAUGCACAGUGGCUGCCACCCUGCAGCAGCGAUGUCAGGCUAGCACCACUGUCACUCCUGCCCCUGGGGCCAAGGACAGCCUGCAGGUCCAGAUCCAGGGAAACCAGGUCCACCACCUGGGCCGGCUGUUGCUUGAAGAGUAUCAGCUUCCUCGGAAACACAUCCAAGGCCUCGAAAAGGCCCCCAAGCCCGGCAAGAAGAAGUGACAGACUCGCUUCCUGUGGUCGAUCCCGUGGAACCCAGCUAAAAUAUACUAAAUUUUCAAGCCAGAGCCGUUUCACCAAACAGAAGAGGCUGGCGUGCCUUCCCAUUCAGGUUUGGGUUCCUCCCUGGUUCUCAAGCCCAGCCCACCAGAGUGCAGGCAGGUGAGGCCCUCCUGUUAGUUUGAAGUCCCUCUGACAGAUAACCCACAGCCUCUUGCUCAUCUAUUCCUACUAAUUAGCCUCCCAGGCCAAAAUUAUCCUUCCCAUCUCUAAGGGUUACUCAUACAGAAAGCAGAAACCAGCUGUUUGGCCUGGGUUGAUGACAAAAGAGGCAAGGACUGGCCAUGAAUUACGGCAAAAUUUAAACUCAAUAAACAGGAAACGAUAAAAGCACAUCAGGACGUGGGUUUCUGUCUAGUGAUUCUUCCCAGCGUUCGUUAGUGCACUGCCACUGGCAGUGGUAAACUGAGGCAGCUUCCUUACCGUGAAGGCUUAUCAGGCAAAUGCUUUCUGAACUUCCUAACUGGGGCUCCUGCUAAUGUAGCUGGUUUUCAGAGGGGCCAUGAGCUCCCUGAAAUAGUACACCAGGUUUUGUUUGAUCAUUUUUCCAAGAGA